GAUGGCUCUCGGGAGGAGCUGCAGGAGGCUGAUGCCCAGGAGGCUCAGCCGUGUCUCCAUCCGGUGGGUGACGCUGGGCCUGGCAGCCGUCCUCCUGCUCACCUCCGCCCUGAGGAAGAUGCAGGCCCUCCCGGCAACGCCUGAGCCCGUCCCAGUUCUGGCCGACGACACCUUCACCUUCUACCUCAACCACAGCAUCUACCGAAUCCUCUACCCUCACCUGCAGCUCUACCGGUGCCGGGAGGUGAUUGCCCCGGACGGCUUGUGCCAGGGACCCUCCCAUCUCCCCCUGUUGCUCCUGGCUAUCAAAUCCCAUCCGGCUUCCAGCGGCGGGAGGGCCACCCUGAGACGCACCUGGGCCCAGGCGGCGGAGGUGGGGGGCUUCCGGCUGCAGACCCUUUUCCUCCUGGGGACCGUGUCUAACCAGAAGCAGCUGGAUCUGGUGGCGCAGGAGAGCCGCGUCUUUGGCGACAUCCUGAUGUGGGAUUUCGUGGAGUCCCAUAGCAACCUGCCCCUCAAGGAGCGCUGCUUCCUCCAGUGGGUGCACGGGCACUGCCAGCGGGCGGCCUUCGUCUUCAAAGGGGAGGACGACGUUUUUGUGAAUCCUGUGGCCCUGACGAAGUUCCUCGGGGAGACGCCCGACGCGUCCCGCUUCAUCCACGGCCACAUCCGCUACCACCCUGCCGUGAAGAGGAUCGGGCGGGACGCCAUUCCCUUCCCGCUCUUCCCCCUGGCCCACUACCCCCACUUCGCCUUGGAAAAGGGCUUCCUGGUGCCCGGCGCUGCCCUGCCUGCCCUCUACCAGGCCUCCCUCCGGCUGCCCACCUUCCCUCUCAGCGACGCCUACUGGGGUUUCCUGGCCUUGGCCGCCCAGCUGCCCCAUAAGCACAGCGGAGACUUCCGGGCCUGGGAGAAGAUGCAGGACCACCUCACCGUCUACCAGAAGUCCCUGGUGAUCUACGGGGUCCCCGUGGAGAGGAUGACGGAAGUCUGGCAGGAGCUCAGGGACUCCGCGCGAGACUGGCCCAAGUGAACACAGGAGCCGCUGUGCCCAAGCCACGCCGUCCU